UAAGAGAGCGCUUGUCGAGUCGUUGAUAGUUCGCAUAUAGCAAGGUACCCCAAACUCGGAGAAACCGACGCGUAGGUCAAACCUUGCCUCGGUUUAAUUCACAUAUGUAUUAUUUUUUCCCCAGUUUUUUUUCUGGUAGAAUAUUCCCAAACCUCGAUAUUAAAUUGUAUUCCGCGGCAUGUAGUUAGCGUGCUGUCUAACGUUACCGGCUUUGCGCCAGGAGUGAAGACCAAUCAAUCACCGGGUACCUUCGCUAGCUAGGUUGUGUGUACAGUGUGGUGUUGCUGAGGCAAGGGAAAAAACGCAGCGGUCACCGGUGACUGGAUCUUGUGGCGUGAGCACUAAUGCUGUCUAGCAAACACGGCGAAUCCCAGUCGCCGGUGUAAAACGCGGUGUGUAAAAUACAUCUUGCAGCCCUCGACCCAUAUUAUAAUAAUAGAUAGGUCGAUAGUGGGAGAAACGCAAGGAUGUUGCAAGUGCUGGCUUGCGGCGUCGUAGUUUUUCCUGGACUCUUCUUCGUCUUUCGGAAGGUACUCCCGUCCAUUUUCAAACAGUGGACCGAUGCAGACGUUGUACUGGUCAGCGAGAGGCUGGUGUCCUCCAUCCACGCCAUCAUGGCCACCACAGCAGGAGUCAUCGUCGUGUUGGCAUGCAGCGGUGACGUCAUGACUGACAGGUACUGGCUGGCCACCUACUUUGUCAUCUGGUACGGCGUGCCCUACAUGACAUACGAUAUCUACGCCAUGUACCUCAGCCACUACUACCGCUUCCGGGUCAAGGGUCACGAGGAGUAUAAGGAGCACUCGUUGACCACGAUCAACUCGUUUGUCCGCCGUGAGUUCCUGCUGGUGCUCCACCACAUCGCGCUGCUCACCAUCCUGCUGCCCGUCACCCUGUUCUUCAGGAGGGACCAGGGCGAUUACUUCAUCGGCUGCCUGUUCCUCACAGAGCUCAGCACGCCCUUCGUCUCCUUAGGGAAGAUCCUCAUCCAGCUGGGUCUGCAGGACUGCUGGAUCCAUAAGGCCAAUGGGGGCAUGGUGUUGCUCAGCUUCUUCCUGUGUCGAAUCGCCCUCUUUCCCUACAUGUACUGGGUCUACGGCCGUCACUACGGCAUCCCCGUCUACGGCGUGCCCUUCCACCUGACACUGUCGGUCAACCUGGGCAGCCUGUGUAUCCUGGCGCCGCAGGUCUACUGGUUCGUGCUGCUCUGCCGCAAGGGCUGGCGGCUCUACCAGCGCCAGUGUCACUCCUCCCCCCUGCCCCCACCUAGCCCCCCCUCCCUCACGGACAACCAACCCAAGGGAAACGAUUAGAGCUGGAGAGCUCACUCCGUCACCAUCGCUCUCUCUCUGUUCUUUCUCGGUUCUCUCUACUCUAUAUGCUCUCGAGUCACACAAAAAUGAACCACCAUCGACUACUACUUACUACUUCUACUGCAGAAGCACUUCGGCUACAUACCACAGUCUCCACAAAACUACUACCGUUACUACUAUGAUUCCACUAGUACUGCUACUGCUCCUCCUUCCCCUGAGCCCCCACCCCCAUGUUUCCCUUUUGCUUCGAUACUACUGAUCGCUCCAUGCCCAGUCCAAGCUAUACUCAAUUUUUUUUUGUUGUUGAGUGCUCGUGUGCUUGGAUUAGAGUGAUUGGACAGGGGUUAUAUUUGUAGUGCUACACUGGAGUUUCCCUAAAAGAUAUGAAGAAGACCGAGAAUGGAGGUCCUGGCUAUUUUCGG